AUGGGGGUAGAAAAUAAUACAGGGGUAGUAAAAGAUGAAAACAAUAUCUAUGAAGAUAACAAUUUUAUAUAUAAUGAUAAAUGCUCUUUAGUUAUAAUUAUUGACAACGAAAUAAAUAAAACAAGAAAAGGGGCAAAUGUUAAAAGGAAUAAUGAAAUAGAAGAUGGGUCACAGAAAAAUUUUAAUAUAAAAGAAAAUAAUUGUGAAGAUAAUAAUAAAGAUGAUAAUCAUUCAUAUGAUAUAAUAAAUAACAAUUGCUUGGAUGAGGAUAAUACUAAAGAGAAAUUUCAAGAUUUUCUAAAAAAUGAAGGAAAAGAAAAUCAUAUGAUAAAAAAGAAGUUUAUUAAGUUACAUAUAGGUCUUGAUUAUUCUAAUUUUAGUAUGGAUACAGAUUUUAAAAUAAUAAAAUUUAUAAAUAAGGGAAGUCAUUUUUUAUAUUGGAAUGAUGAUGAUAUACAUUUUUUUGAUGAUACGAAUAAGAUAGAAAAUAAAAAUUAUACAGAUGAUAAUAAUAUUAAGAAUAAUUUAAAAUGGAGAGAUGAUAAUAAUGUUAGAGAAAAUUUCCAAUCAAGUAAAGAAUACCAAAUGAAUGAAAUGAGAAAAAAUAAUUGUGAAGAAAUAAGAAAUAGUCGUUUUCUAUAUUUUGAUAGAGAACAAAAAUUAUUAGUUAUAAAAUAUAAUAUGAAAAAUAAUAAUUUUGUAUAUAUAAAUGAGCAGGAUCCUACCUAUAAAUAUUUUUUAAAUUUACAUAAUAAGGAUUUUUUAGAUGAUACAUUAAUUAAAGAAAAGAAAAAUUGUAUUUUAAUAUAUCCAUAUACAUAUACAAAAAUAUGGAAUACUUUAACUACAUAUAUAAAUGAUGAAGUAAUAAAUAAAAUAGAACCUGUAAACAAAACAUUUUCUUCAUCUUUCUUAAAAGGUAAUAAUAAUGAUAUGAUAAAUUUACACAAUCAACCUUAUAUGUUUUAUUCUGUAAUACCUAAAUAUUCGUCCAAAAAAAACAAAGAAAAAAAAUAUGUAUAUGAAAAAAAUUGUAGAAAUAAUUCAAAGGAGAAAAAGGAAGAUAACUUGGUAAUAGAUGUAAAAAUAAAUGAUACAACUGACAAAGCUGAUGAAAAUAUUAUUGAUAUGUCUGAUGAUAAUAUAAAUGAUAAAUAUUAUGUUGAUAUAACUGAUCGUUUUAAUAAUAACAAUAAUUAUACUAUCGAGCAUAAUACAAUUAAUAAUACAAAUGUAGGAGGAGAAAAAACAUAUUUUGAAUAUAUAUCUAUUGAUAAGGAAACGAAUAAAUAUAUUCCAAGUGAUAUAACUAUAAUGAACAUGGAAAAAUAUUGGAUAUUAAAAGAAAUAAUUCAACAAGAAUAUACAUAUAUAUAUUAUAAUAACGAACAAAUAGAAGGAUUUGUAAAAUAUUCAGACAAACUUUUUUAUAUAUUAGGUGAGUUUCAAUUUGCAUUUAUUUUAUUUCAUUUAGGUUAUAAUUAUCAAUCAUUUAUUCAAUGGAGAAAAUUAUUUGAGCUUAUGACUAACUCAUCUGAUUUGGUUACAAAUAGUACACAUUUUUUUGAAGAAGUUUUAAAAGCUAUUUGUAUACAACUCACCUACCUGAGUGAAGAUUUUUUUGAUAACUCAGACAAUAGUUUUAUUUUAUUUGGUAUUUAUAACAUUUAUGAAAUAAUAAAUAAUAUAGAUGAAAAGAUAAGACCACAAAAUAUUACAACCCUGAUAGAUAAUAUUGAUUCAAUUGUAUAUACAAAAAUUGGUUUGCAUUUACCUGAUUUGUCUUUUGUCUAUGAAGAAUAUCAACCCACAUAUGUAAACGAAGAAUUUUAA